GAGCCAGUCAUACCUCAGCCGCCGUUGAGGGAGGUUGUUGCUGCGCGCGCUCCCGGAGCCUCGUUAGCGUGUGUGUGUGUGUGUUCUUUCGCGUUCAGUUUUCCGUUUUCACUUUACUCUCUCAGAGAUACGAACAAAGUGCGAUUUCUCUAUCUCAGUGUAGAGUUUUAGACGGACACUCGCACUGGAUUUAAGCUAGAAGUGUGCGAAUUUAAUUUUUUGUGUGUUGAACUUUUUCUAAUAAGGACCUAGCUUUUACCUCAUUACGAAAAUUGUUGGCAAACCAGCUUCAAGUAAGAGCAUCCAUCAACCUAGUACUGAAAGGAAGAACAUGAAACCCAAGAAUUAGAGUGGGAAAAAAUUACCACAAACAGAAAAAAUCCGGAACAGAAACGGAACAAACAGACCAACAACAGCAGCCCCCCCCCCCUCCCGCUACCCCCGCCUUCCAAGACCAGCGGAAGAGAACCCGAACCGCGGCCUCGUGCAGCGUCUUCUGAGGCCGUGCAAAGGGCCCCCUGAUGGUUCUGUGGGGGUGACCUGUCUGCCAGCAUGGGGCCUCCGCUGUUACUCCUCCUGUGCUGUGGGCUGGUUCUCUCGGCGCCGCAGGUCGUGGCGCUACAUACAGCAUUAUGUGAGUCCGCCUUGGGGAUGCAAUCUGGUGUUAUACCAGACGAGCACAUCACUGCCUCUUCCUAUUUCGAUGCCGCCGUCAACGCUAUCUACGCCAGAGCACACGUGGAGGCGGGCGGCGGCGCGUGGUGCCCCCGCGACAUGGUGUACAACGAGGGCAAGGAGUUCCUGGAGGUGAACCUGGGCGGCCUGCACGUGGUGGCCAAGGUGGAGGUGCAGGGGCGCUUCGGCAACGGCCAGGGGCGGGAGUUCGCCCGCCAGUACAAGCUGCAGUUCUGGCGGCCCGGACUCGCGCACUGGGUCACCUACUCGGACGGACGCGGCCACGAGCUCCUGGAGGGCAACACCAACACGUACCUGGCGCAGUCGUCGCAGCUGACGCCGCCGAUCGUCGCGGCGCGCGUGCGCUUCGUGCCCUACAGCGACCACCCGCGCACCGUCUGCAUGCGCGUCGAGGUUUACGGAUGCCCCUACACAGACGGGCUGCUGUCGUACUCGAUGGCCGACGGCGACCCGCGCGGCGGCGACGGCGCGCUGCGCGACCUGACCUACGACGGCGCGCGCAAGGACGGCUGGCUCUCGGGCGGCCUCGGCCAGCUCACCGACGGCGAGACCGGACACACCAACUUCCGCGUCGACGCCCUCGGCAGGGGCAGAGGCUACGAGUGGAUCGGCUGGAAGAAUGACACGCGGCAGACGCGGCCCGUCGAGAUCACGUUCGAGUUCGACUCCGUCAGGAACUUCUCGGCCGUCCACAUCUACACCAACAACUUCUUCACCGUCGAGUACGAGUACGUGGUGGACCGCAUCUUCGAGAACGCGCGCAACGUCACCAUCCGCCUCCGCAACGCCGCCGCCAAGUUCGUGAAGCUGCAGCUGUUCUUCGCGCUGCGCUGGAUCAUGAUCUCCGAGGUCGCCUUCGACUCCGAGCCCUGCCGGUGCAACAUGACCCCCGAGGUGCCCCCGCCCACGCCCACAGAGAGCGUGGGCGAGAGCCAGGUCAUCCCGGUGGUGCCCGCCCACGGCGGCUCCUCGGGCCUGCUGGUGGGCGGGCUUGUGACCCUGGGCGUGGUGUUCGGCGUGGUGCCCGUGGCGCUGUGCGUGCUGUACUACCGCAUGCGGCUGACCAAGCAGGCGAGCAAGGCGUCGCUGUCGGGCGAGGGCGGCCUCGACGCCAGGAAGGUGUCCAUGAAGAUGAAGGACCUGCACAUCAACAUGAACUUGUCGCAGCUCUCGAACGGCUACUCGCGGGCCAAGGGCAACCUGUACGGCCACGUGGCCAUGGACGAGGAGGCGGCGGCCAUGUACCAGGAGCCGUACAAGGGGCCGCUGCACAACCCCGGCUACCACACGCUGGCGCCCUCCGACGCCUCCUUCAGGUGCUCCAAGCCGCCCGGCGCCGACGACGCCGUGGACUACGCCGUGCCCGGCAUGAACGUGACGCCGCCGCCGCCCUUCUCCGACGCCUUCUCGCCGCCGCCCAUCCCGCUCUCGCGCCCGCCCGCGUCGCUCGCCCGAGGCCUGUCGCAGGAGCACGCCCUCCUCGCGCCGCCCACGCCGCCCAUCCCGCCCCCGCCGCAGCAGCACUACUUCACGGCGUCGCAGGUGUGCCAGGCCGGUAACAUCCAGGGCGUGACGGGCGGCGUGGCGUUCGCGGCCACGGACACGGCCGACCUGGCGGAGGAGCAGGCGGUGCCCGAGGUGCCCCGCCACUGCCUGACGGUGCUGGAGACGCUGGGCGAGGGCUGCUUCGGCACGGUGCAGCUGUGCGAGAUGCGCACGACGCCGCGCAGCAAGAGCAAGGCGCUGGUGGUCAAGAGCCUCAACGUGGACGCCGACGACGACGCCCGGGAGCUGUUCCUGCAGGAGGCGCGGGUGCUCAGCCUCGUCAACGACCCGAACGUGGUGCGCCUCGUGGGCACCGUGACCCGCGCGGGCGCCCUCGGCGUCCUCGUCGAGUACCUCGAGCACGGCGACCUCGCCCAGUUCCUGCAGCGCCACAACCCAGAGGCGAGCGUCGCGCCCGUCAGGAGGGCGCCCAUCUACGAGGGCCUGGAUCCGCCCGUGCUCAGCUACGGCGCCCUGGUCUACAUCGCCUCGCAGGUGGCGUCGGGCAUGAAGCACCUGGAGAAGCUGAACCUGGUGCACCGCGACCUGUCUGCGCGCAACUGCCUGGUGGGGCGGGGCCUGGCCGUCAAGAUCUCGGACUUCGCCAUGAGCCAGCCCAGGCACCGCAAGGACUACUACCGCCUGGACGAGAAGCGCGCGCUGCUGCCGAUCCGCUGGAUGGCGUGGGAGGCCAUCCUGCAGGGGCGCUUCUCCACCAAGAGCGACGUGUGGGCCUUCGGCGUGACGCUCUGGGAGAUCCUGACGAUGGCGCGGCAGCAGCCCUUCGACGAGCUCAGCGACGACGGCGUCCUGGAGAACGUGUCUCACUGUUACCAUGGCGACGGCUCCGGCAUGAUGCUGCUGCCGCAGCCGCCGCUCUGCCCGCGCGAGAUGUACGACAUGAUGGCCGCCUGCUGGAGGCCCAACCCCCGCCAGCGGCCGCCCUUCUGGGAGGUCCUCAUGUUCCUGCAGCGCAAGAACCUCGGGUACACGCUGGACUACGUCGAGUGAAAAACUCCCCUGUGCCAUGUGUCUCAUUUAUUCACAAAAUGAACGACGAACUCAACGAAAUCAAACACAGCUGCUUCCUUGAGUGCUUUUUGUAAUGUGUGACGCAGCCUCGAUCCUGUUCCAAGGAGGGACUCGUACACGAGAGUUGCAGUACUUAAAGGAUCUUCCCAUCGCGCAAAAGGGAAGAACGUACUUAUGAAGCCUCGACUGUACCGAGGACUGUACCACUUGGGACUCGAACUGGACGCGAUGCAAACACACCUUAUGGACAAAUUUCUGCUUCCAACCUGGGCUUUUGGAAGUACGAGCGGAAGUGAGACAAGACGGAAAAGCGAACCGCACUCAGUCAUCUCACUUCAAAGCCUGUGAUUCAUCUGUGAUAUAUCUUAGUCAGGGACUGGCCAUCACAUUGGUGGCUUGUGAACGUUA